AUGGAGAUGCUGGGGACAGGCUGCCUUGCCAAGUCCAACCUGAAUGUUGCAAGGAAAGCCAAGGCAGAAUAUCAUAGACCUCUGCCACAAAAUUUGACAGCAGAGAUUUCGCUCUUCUUCUCCAUUGAGAGCCGCUCAUCCCGGUGCCUCAAUUCCCAGCUCCAGGAAGCAGCCAGAAAGAAGCUGUGGGCCCUGGAGAGUGAUGACAGAGACGUCCGUGCCCUGUUCAAGGAGCUGUCAGCCAGGCUGGUCUGUAUGCAAGCACAGGAGGAUCGGUUCCUCCUCACUUUCAAAACCCUAGAAGAAGUCUGGAAGUUUUCCACGUAUCUGACCUUAGGGUAUGUGGGCAGCUGCUUGGAGCAGCUUCUCUUUGACUGGGAGUACUGGCUAAACUGUGCUCUGAUGGAGGACACAGAGGUCAGAGUCACUGUGGAUGAAGUUCGCUUGGCCACCAUAUAUAUGGGUCUGCUACUCCAGGAAGGUAACUUUUUUUCCAGAGUGGUGCCUGGUGUCCGGCAGCCAGAGCAGGAGGGAGAGGAAGGCCUGCAGCUCUGCAAGAAUGAGCUGAUCCACGUGAAGAACAUUGGAGAAGAGUCCAAGUGGGAAGGGAUGUCCUUACUGACGGGUCAACGAGGCCUGGUUCCUGUGACAGCUCUAGAGCCAAUACCUCACCCAUUUUACCAGUGGUUCCUGAAAAAUUAUGCUGUGAGUUUUGGCUUCUCUGAGGAGAUCAGCGGGACGACCUCUCAGCCAAUUAUCAAAGGCAGGUGCACAGCCACAGAGGACCACAGAGGAGCAGCAUGGGAUGAACUGACUUUCUCCAAAGGUGACAGCAUAGAAGUCAUCGGCUUCCUCAUUCCAGGACUGCCAUGGUUUCUGGGCAAAUCCCUCAGCAGUGGGAGCAUCGGCUUUGUCCCAACCCGAUACAUAAAUCCUGAGGCUUGCGGACCUCUGGGAAAGGGCACGGUGUUUCUGAGCGAGGAAGAAAAAUCCCCCCUCCUGAGCAUCCCCUGCAAUGGUGGUGAGCAGCACUUCACUGCCCUCCUUGGUGACCUGGCACGCACUAACAUCACCUCUGUGUACCGGAUCGGUGAGUUUCCAGCUGUUCUCCAUGCCUGUGAAGAUAUCCAGCUGCUCCAGCCCUGGGAGGAAAUAAAUGGCUUCGCUACGACUAGCACCUCGGAACUGUCUAGCCCAGGGACUGAAUCAGCCCCUGCUACAUUAGAUGUUCUCCUGGAGAAGCUGGAUGAUUUUGAUGAUCCCAAGUUCUUUAUUGACCUGAAUGCUGGACACACCGAAGAUGCAGAUGUCUUUGACCCCAUAUUGACCUUCCUUAAUCAAGACAGUUAUGUGCCCAGUUAUCAAAGCCUCUACGAUCUCAGUUUUCCCUUUCUGAACUCCACUUUUUAUGGUUUCUCUGAUGAGGAUGAACUGGUCUUGUACCUUGAGACGUGCAGGAACUGGGCCAAGAAGACUCAUUCAGUUUGGGCUCAUGUCAGGCUCUGUUUCCUCUUGGGUAAGCUCUGCAUCAAAAAGGUCAAGUUCUCCCAGGCUCGAGUCUAUUUUGAGGAAGCCAUGAACAUCCUGGACAGCGGUUUUGGGGACCUGCCCCUACUGGCUGCGUUGCAUGUGAACCUUGCCUCCGUCUACUUGAAACAGAACAUGAAGCACAAGUUCUUCUCCCUGUUGGGAAAAACAGCCGCCUUGCUUAUCUGCAUGCCUGGCCACUCUUUCAGCUCUGAGAAUGAGCUGGAAGUCCUGAUGUUCAUCCUGAGGGAAGCCAUUGCUGUGGGUAAUGCUCCCUUGGAAGCACGGGUCUGCUUCCUUAUUGUCAAGCUCUUCCUACAACUGGGCAAAAACGAUGAAGUGCUGCCCUUUACCGAGCAUCUUCAAUGUCUCACCACCACUUUACUCAGCCCAGGCACUAGUUCUGUGCCACUGGAUGCCACCCCCAUCUUGAGCUACCUGUAUGACAAGAAGUACUUGCCAAAUAUCGCACUGGCCUCGGCCAGGUUGGUUGUUCCCAGUGGCAUCGAGGGGGCACCGACACCCAUUUGGAGAGCUGGCGUCAUCCUCCAAAACACUUCCAAACUCCUUGGAAGCCAACUAGAGAAGAGCAGCAUCCCAGCACUGGCUUGUUUCUAUCUCAAGCAAGCAUUGCAUUUCUCCUGCGAGAGCAGAGCUGUGCCCCUCCAGAGGACACUGUGUGCCAUCUUGUCCAGGAUGUACCUCCAGCAUGGUGUGUUGGAUGGGGCGGUUUGUUAUGCAGCCACAGCCGUAACCCUCAGCAGACUAAUGGGUGAGGAGGAGGCUUUCGAGUCUUCCCUCUCUUUGGGGUGGAUGUAUCUCCUGAACAGUCAGCCGGGCCCAGCUGCAGACAUCAUGUGGCAGCUCUUGCGUUCUCUGUAUGGCACGGACAGUGUGACACAGGGGGGAGCUGUGCACAAUCUCCUGGCCAUUGCCCUCAAAGGAGAAGGGCAGGUGCAAGACGCUGCAGAGAACUACCUCCGGGCCCUGCACAAAGCCAAGGAGACCGGGAACAAGAGGAACCAGGCUAUCACCCUGGCUAACCUGGGGCAGCUGAACCUCUCGCGUGGGGCGAGCCAGCUAUCUGAGCUCUACUUGCUCCAGUCAGCUCAGCUCUAUGCUGAGCUGCAGGGCAGUGAAGACCUGGAGAUGGAGUUGGUGCGGGUGCUGCUGUGGCUAGCGCAGGCCAUGGUGAACAGGCAGAGGAUGGAAGAUGGCAAACUCUGUUACGAACUGGCAUUGCUUUUUGCCCUGAAGUGGCGUAAUGUGAGGAGUCAGCUUCAAAUCACUGAGUGUCUCUGCCAUUUCUACAGCAAAGUGUCCCCCAAUCUCCAGGCCUGCAUUACCUACCACGAGCAUUGGGUAUCUUUGGCACAACAGCUCCAGGACAGAAAGGUGGAAGGCAAUGUCCGUCAGACCCUCAGCCAGCUCUACCAGGCUUUGGGCACAUCUGAGGCUCUGAGACUGUCCCUGGACUGCACCAAACAGAGUCUAAGGAUCUUCAUUGACCUUGAGGAGACUGGGAAGGCAGCAGAGGCUUGGCUGCAGGCAGGAAGGCUCUACUAUCUUAUGCAGGAAGAUGAGCUGGUGGAAAUGUACUUUCAGGCAGCCAUUCAGACUGCUCUGAAAUCUGAGAACUUCUCCUUGGCCAUGGAACUUUAUGAAAAAGCAGGUGAUACCUUUUUUAAUGGCAGCCGAAACAGAGGUCGAGCGGUGGAGUUUUAUAGGGGAGGCGCUGUGCCCUUGGCCAGGAAACUAAAGGCUAUUAAGACAGAGCUACGGCUGUUCAAUAAGCUGGCAGAGCUGCAGAUCGGGCUGCAGGGCUACGAGAAGGCACUGGAGUUUGCCACGCUGGCAGCCAGGCUGAGCAUCAGGGUCGGAGAUCAAUUGCAAGAGCUGGUUGCAUUCCACCGUCUGGCUACAGUCUACUAUUUUCUGCAUAUGUAUGAGAUGGCAGAAGAUUGCUACCUGAAGACGCUUGCCUUGCGUCCCCCCUUGCUGCAGUGCUCUGGAGAGGCCCUGUACUACUCCAAGGUGUAUUGCCAUCUUGGAAACCUGACCCUGCACAAACUGAAGGAUGAACAGGAUGCAGCAGCCUACUUCCUCCUGGCCCUCGCCGCAGCGACAGAGCUGGGAGAUCAAGAGCUGCAGGGCCUCAUUCACGCCAAGCUGGGUGACAUUCUUGGUGCCCCCCGGGGGCAUGAGGGCACACUGGGCUGUGACACAUAUCGGCCCAGGUGGCUGAGCGAAGGUGGCCAUGUCGUCUGA